UUAUGUCUCCUCUCACACAGGUGAGAGCCUUCAGCAUAUCAUGGCUGACUGAGCUUUUUGGCGGCUCCAGUUUCUCUCACUUUAUUCAUUUCUUGAUUUCAUAUGGAUUUCAAUUUCAGCAGUUACCUGUAAACGCGUUGAACAGUCAAAAAGUAGCUAAGCAACUUCCUUUUUUUGUCAAAGAUCAAAUUUUUAUCUUUUUUUGUUUUGUUUUGCUUUGAAAAAAGUGUGGUUUUAGGCUUCAGGAGGAAGUUGUUGAAAGAAUUGUGAAGAUCAAGACUUUGAAUUUUUUGGGGUUUUAUUAUUUUGAGGUUGUGAAAAAGGGUAUUCUGGAAUCUUGAUUUUUCACUUGUGUGAAAAAGUUGGAGUCUUUUUGGGGUUUUAGCUAGUUACUCUAUCCAGUUUAUAUGAUCAAAAUUUUGGGUAUUUCAUAUAAUUGUUAUUUUAAAGCUCUAAAACUAGAGAGCUUUGAAUUGGGAUUUUGAAGGGUUGUUGUUGUGAAGAUCAAGUCUUUUGAAGAUUUUGGGGUUUGUCAUUAUUGAGGUCUGAAAAGGGUAUUCUAGAAUCUGGAUUGAACUGAAUUGUGUGGAAAAGUUGGGGUCUUUUGGGGGUUCUAGCUAAGUUUCUCCAUGCUGGAAUCUUGAAUUCACUUGCAGUUGAAUUGUGUGAAAAAGUUGAGUGUUUUGGAGUUUUAGCUAGUUCCUCUAUGCAGUUUAUAUGAUUCCAGUUUUGGGUAUUUUAUAUGUUUCUUUUUAAAGCUCUUAUACUUGAGAGUUUUGGAUUGGGAUUCUUAAUGGUUGUUGUUCCACUGAAUUAUGUUUGAUGAUUUGGUGAAUGAAAAGAUUGUUUAAGCAUUUGUUCGAUGGUUUUCUUGGAAAAAUGGUUUUUUGCUAAGCCUGGUAUUGUGGGGCAGUAGCUUGAGGAAGGUCUUUGAUUGGUUUGUUGAAUAUGGGUUGUGUUUGUGGUAAACUUUCUCGAAAGGUCAAAGAUCGUCGGGAUGGCCAAAAGAAGAGAGAGUUAGAUAAAGGGGCAUCAGCUGUGAGUUCAAAGAGAGAAAAGAGUUUUAGGGUGAAAGAGAAAUCGGAGAAUGGUGAUAUAAGUGUUGGUUCAUUCGACAGGAAGCCUAAUGGAUCUAAAAAGGUCGGGGACAAUCACUGCGAGAAGCUUGAAGUUGUCCCAAAAGCAAUGGAAGGAGAGUUGAUUGCUGCCGGAUGGCCUUCCUCGCUUGCUGCAGUAGCCGGUGAAGCUAUUAAUGGUUGGAUUCCACGCAAGGCUGAUACUUUUGAGAAAUUAGACAAGAUUGGUCAAGGGACUUAUAGUAGUGUAUACAAGGCUCGUGACCUGGUUAAUGAUAAAGUUGUUGCGCUUAAAAGAGUAAGGUUCGAAAAAAUGGAUCCUGAAAGUAUCAGAUUUAUGGCAAGGGAGAUUGUUAUUCUGCGAAGGCUUGAUCAUCCAAAUAUCAUCAAAUUGGAAGGCUUGAUAGUAUCAAGAACAUCUUGUAGUCUGUACCUUGUAUUUGAGUACAUGGAACAUGAUCUCACUGGACUGGCAGCUCUUCCCGGUAUUAAAUUUACAGAGCCACAGGUUAAAUGUUACAUGCGGCAGCUUUUAAGUGGACUUGACCAUUGCCACAAUCGGGGUGUUCUGCAUCGGGACAUCAAGGGUUCUAAUCUUCUCAUUGACAAUCAUGGAACUUUAAAGAUUGCAGAUUUUGGGUUGGCAAACUUUUUCGAUAACCAGCAAAUUGUUCCAUUAACAAGCCGUGUUGUGACUCUUUGGUAUCGACCACCAGAGCUCUUACUUGGAGCAAGUCAUUAUGGAACUGCAGUAGACUUGUGGAGUACUGGCUGCAUUCUCGGAGAAUUAUAUGUUGCCAAGCCCAUAAUGCCCGGUAGGACAGAGGUGGAACAACUACAUAAGAUCUUUAAGCUUUGUGGUUCACCAACUGAGGAUUAUUGGAAGAAAACAAAACUAUCCUAUUCAGCAGUAUUUAAACCUAUACAGCCUUACAAGCGGUGUAUUGGUGAAAGAUUUAAGGAGCUUCCUCCAUCUGCCGUGGGGUUACUGGAGACAUUACUUUCUAUAAAUCCUGCACUUAGAGGAACAGCAGUUGGGGCUCUUGAGAGUGAGUUCUUCACCACGAAGCCAUUUGCUUGUGAUCCUUCGAGUUUGCCAACUUACCCUCCCAGCAAGGAAAUUGAUGCAAAAAUGCGGGAAGAGGAAGCUAGAAGAGGAGGGACUACAAAUGGAUCAAAAGAACGUCAAGCAGUUCCAGCACGUGAUGCUAAUGCCAAGCUGGCUAGCUCAAUGCAGAGGAGGCCGAGCAGUUCCAAUCCUAAGAGCCAAAGUGACCGGUUCAAUCCCUCGAAGGAAGCUGCUGCUCGUUUUCCAAAUGAUCCUCCUAAACCAUCACAAGCAGUGAAAGAAACUGCGAAAGAUCACAUGGAGAAUCUUUCAGACAGAUUUUCAGCCAAAGAUAACCUCGACGAUCUUUCAGAGACAUUUUCCCAUUCAGUCCCUCUGGCUCUAGGGGUAUUUGGGAAGAAAUAUGAUGAUAUCUCCAUUGGUCCCAACAGAGCUGACUUGUCAGACUUAGUAGCAUCCAGGUCCGUUGUGUCUGGAGACAAUCGAGAUAAAUGUGUUCAGCUACAAUCAGCCCAUCAAGUAGAAAGGACAGCACGGCUUCUAGACGAACAAUCAAGGAAGCAGGAUCAGGAUCAGAAGUAUUUCACGCAGAACUUUGCUAGUUCUCAUCAAUUUGAAAGUGGAAGGACUUGUACGAAGGAGGCAAAUCUGCAUGACCCUUGUGACAAGGGAAACAAAAUCCAUUAUUCUGGUUCACUAUUAGUUACAUCAAAUAAAGUGGAUCAAAUGCUUAAAGAUCGCGAUCGUCACAUUCAGGAAGCUGCUCGACGAGCAAGGCUCGAGAAGGCACGAGCAGGUCAGGCUCAGGCUCAGGCGCGAGGAAUGUGAAAAACAUGUAACUCUAUAGUUAUAUAUAUGUAUGUCUAGUUUAGGAACACGGUAGAUAAGCAUAUAUAGAGAAAGGAGAGAUUUUUCUUGUAAAUCAUAAGUAGCUCUAUGUAUAUUAUCUUUUGAGGAAUAUUAUAUAUUUAUAUUUCUUAUAGAAUAAAAGAGAAAACCAAGAUUAAUAUGAAAACUAUCAAUUAGCAGCCACAAAUGCAA